UAACACGUCGUCAUGUCGUCAUAUUCGUAUUACACACCGUCAAACACAAUGGCCGCUCUGCCCGGUGCGAUUCUAUAAAAUGGCGUAGGUUCGGUUAGAUUCUACGUAAUUCGCAUUCCGUGUCACUUAACCAAGUUCAUAUCCUCUUCAAUCCAUAGUAGUCACAAUGCCGCUCUCCCGUCACGUUGAUCCCGAGGAGCUUGUGGAGCGUCUUCACGAUGCCCACUUGACCGAAGGCGGCAAGCAAGUUCGCAAGCUCAUGACAACCUCACAUCUGACUCCAUACGGAACGAAGUAUGCAAGUGGCGUUGAAGUGCCCAAGUAUCGGUUGCCCGAAGAGGGCGCGCCGGCCGAUAGUGUCUACCAGCUCAUUCGCGAUGAAUUAGACCUGGAUGGCAAGCCGAAUCUCAACCUGGCUAGCUUCGUUGGUACUUAUAUGGAACCUAAUGCGACUCAGCUCAUGGUGGAGAACUUGUCCAAGAAUCUUGCGGACAAUGAUGAAUAUCCGGCAAUGAUGGCCAUCCACGAACGUUGCGUCAGCAUCCUUGCUCACCUAUGGGGAGUCAAUAAAGGCGAGAAAGCGAUAGGAUCUGCUACCACGGGCUCCUCAGAGGCAAUCCACCUGGGCGGGCUGGCAAUGAAGCGCCGAUGGCAGGAACAGCGUAAGGCGAAGGGUCUCGAUACAUCCCGUCCCAAUAUCAUAAUGGGUGCGAAUGCGCAAGUGGCGCUGGAGAAGUUUGCGCGCUACUUCGAUGUCGAAGCGCGGAUAUUGCCCGUGUCGAAGGACAGCAACUACCGCUUAGACCCUAAGCUUGUUGAGAAGAACCUUGAUGAAAACACGAUCGGCGUUUUCGUCAUUAUGGGAAGUACGUACACCGGCCAUUACGAGCCAGUCGAAGAGGUGUCCAAGGUUCUCGACGCGUACCAAGAGCGGACAGGUAUCGACAUUCCCAUUCACGUCGAUGCGGCAUCUGGCGGGUUCGUCGCUCCUUUCACUCAUGCUCAGGCUGGAGGGCCGAAGUGGAACUUCGAGUUACCACGUGUCAAGUCCAUCAACACUUCAGGGCACAAAUACGGCCUAGUAUACGCAGGCGUUGGAUGGAUUAUCUGGCGUGACGAGACUUAUCUCCCCGAGUACCUGGUUUUCGAACUGCAUUAUCUCGGCGGUACGGAGAGGUCAUUCGGACUCAACUUUUCGCGCCCUGGCGCACAAGUCAUUGUGCAGUACUACAACCUCAUCCACCUCGGCUUUAACGGCUACCGAGAGAUCAUGGAAAACUGUCUGACGAAUGCCCGUCUGUUAUCCAAGAGUCUAGAGGCCACGGGCUGGUAUACGUGCGUCUCCGAAAUCCACAAGCCGAAGUCCGGCGUAGCAGGCGUCAUCACGGGCGCCAAGCAAGCUGUGGCCGGCACCGAGGGAGAGUCGUCAGCAGACUACGUGGCCGGAUUGCCUGUGGUCUCGUUCCGACUAUCCGAUAGUUUCAAAGACGAGUUCCCUCAAAUCAAGCAGGAAUCGAUAUCGCUACUCCUACGGGCUCGUCAGUGGAUCAUACCAAACUACGCAUUGCCACCGGACGAGAACCAAAUUGAGAUCCUGCGCGUCGUCGUUCGGGAGAGCAUGAGUUUGGAUCUACUCGACCGUCUGAUUUCGGACAUAGUCUCUGUCACACAGUCCUUGAUUGAAAGCCAGGAUUCUGACCUGUCCGCUCUCAAGCAUAAGAGUGCAGGCCAUGCGGGUGUCAGGUCUCAGGCGAAGGAUUCCGAGCAGCCAACUUCAAAGGGUGUGGAGAAGCGUCUAGAAGACGGUAUUCACAGGAGUGUUUGUUAGGUAUUUGAAUGCCUUAUUUUCGCUGGUUUUCAUAGUGGAGGGGGUAUCGGAGGCAAUAAUUCGGUAGUCGGCACGAUAUCUUUCGCACUUCGUCAAGAACCAAAUAGCCGCGGAAAAGCAGAACAUGCAAUAAUAACGUCAUCCGUGACAGGUCACCAGCCAAAUAAUCCAGAUUAUCUCGAAAUACAAUUUAAAUCUAAUAACAUUAUGAAAGAGGAGGUAAUACCGACGUCAAUCAAUUUGAUCACUGUAUUCGCGAAGUUGUAGUAGGACGUAGACAGU